GCUCAGUGACGGACGGCUCAGUGACGGACACGUCGAGCCUGAUAAUGUCACCGACGAUAUGGAAGAAGAGUUUGCUGCAGCUCUCACCACACUCAGCAUCGCCAACGCGGGUGUGGACGCACGUAACACACAUCGCAUGAUAGUGGCAGGCAAUGUGAACUUCGACAAAGAGGUGUCUUAUGACCCGCAAGAGAAAAUCAUCAUUCUCAACUAUGAUACGAGAAAGACUCACGAUUCUGCAUUCGCGCACGAGCAGAUCCAGCGUUUCAGCAUUAGGCGUUCUCAAUCUCUGAAAGUCCAGCUUAACAUCUUCGCUGGACCGCGCCUCCCACUCUUGCUCAUGGUGAAGGAUUGGAUUGCUGAGUCACUGGGAGAUCACAUGGGCACUGUUAAGCACUUGCAACUUGUGAUUGUACGCUCCGGCGAAUUCAUCAAUGGUCAGUGGCGAAUCCCGGACAUGGACCUUGAGCACUUCCCACCCCUGGUCCACUUCGUCCGUUCGAUCCUAGAGGUCCUGCCAAACUACUUGAAAAUCGAAUGGGGUUGUACCUCCGCCUACGAGCGUGCUCUGCGCACAUACUACCAUUCCAGGGCUGAUCUCAAUGCCACCAUUGCCUAUGAAGUCAACUGGAACGACGGCAUCCAGGCCUUUUCUAAGGUGGUGGAUAGGGAAACCUUAUGGAGAAUUGAGAAAGAAUGUCGUUCACAGAGAGAGGAUGCCCUGGGCAUGAACCCCACGGCCGUUUCCUUUCAGCCUCGUCCAUACAUGAGGCGUCUUGGCUAUUAUCAAGCUCACCCAUCUGAGCCCUUGAACUCCUUCCAUGGGCAGCUGCAUGAGGUUGAUCGGCGUCGCGGCAGCUGGAAUGGACAUGGGGGUGACUAUGUGUAUGUACCUUUCGUCAACCAUUCAGCUUCAGCAAUGGUUGAACCCCAUGUCCCAGGCUUCGCGCCCCCCAUCCCACCGCCCCAAACGCAGCACGGCUACGGCGUCCCUCUUCAAUCGGUCCCUAAUGAUCGGUUCAACGUACAACAUGUCGGCCAACCAGCCCCGCCUCAUCGAGGUGCUUACCCGAUUUAUUACCUCAACCAAGAGCAACGUCCACAUGGAAUGAGGGGCAGAACUGCAGCAUAUCCGACUGGAGAACCAAGCAGCCAUCCCCAGAACUACAGGAGAGCUACUAGGAACAGCCGUAGAGGCUCAACCCUUCUGGAUGAUACCCUCCAGGGCGGUCACCGGAAUGGUCAAAACGGUCAACAGCAUGGCCCUCGGAAUGGUCGCCAGAAUGGUCACCAAAUCGGCUAUCAGAGUAGCCGCCGCAUGGGAUAUCAGAAUGGUCGCAACAACAUGUAUCAGAAUGGCCCACCGAACGUUUACCAGAGUGGCUAUCAGAAUGGCUAUUGGCACGGGCCACAGAAUGGCUAUCAGAAUGGCUAUCAGAAUGACAAUCGUAACGGUCCACGAAAUGGCUACGAGAAUGGCCGCCGAAGUGAUAUGAGCGAUGGCGGAUUUCGAAACCCUGGAUACCCAAUCGACCAUCACGGUCGCGAACCCUUCGCCAAGUCUCCCUUUGGAAAUGUAAACAUGAUGCCCAGCAAUGCCAGCUACACCCCCACCGAACUCUACAAGCUCGCGACUUUUAGCAAUCCCCUCAGCCACGACAACCCCUUCUACGAUGCCUACGCCGAUUUCUACGCGAUGGGACAUGCUUAUGCGACCGGCAAUAAUCUUCACCAGCGACGCACUGAAGCUCCAUCUUUGUAUGAUGCACCAGCCCAUUACCUUGAUCCAGCCUUUCAACUAGGACAAACCCCCCGGCCCGGUUCUCAUCGUGAAGGUCAGUCACUUGACGCUGGCGCACCUCACCCGCCAGAUGACCUCUCCUUCCCAGGCUUAGGUGAUGCUCCCGCCGGCCCCAUGGAGACGGGCAGGCCUAAGAAAUACAAGAACAGGAAGAGCAGGAAGGACCUGCACAUUGAUACUUCUGCAACGGUUCCCAUUCGCGACCAGUCAGAGGAUAGUUCUAUUCAGAGUGGACCUCUCGGUAGUCCUUUCGUGACCCCGCCUGAAUACAAUUACAGCUCCGGAUCCCAAGGCCCUUCUCGCUUUUAUGACACCGAACCAUCGCCUCGCACGCCGGAGUCAACGCAAGCGGACCCGAACGCCCUCGAGCAAUUUCCCGACUUCGACCCCAACGUGCAGUUCUAGAUUUGUCGAUGUGUGUGUGUGGAGUGAGACACGACCUUCAUGAGUGCCACGACCAUCAUCUUGCCGUCCCCAGGCUUUUUUCUCUUCGAAUUCACUGUGCUUUCCGGAGUUCGUAUUUGAGGUUUGUAGCAUGAAUUUUCUUUUCUUCUUUCUCCUUUUUCCCUUCUCCCUUUUUCUCCCUUUUCUCUUUUUCUCUCUCCCCUUUUCUGCCAUCCCCUACUUGCAUUACAUACUUAUACCCACAAUCAUGUUUUAUGACCUGGAGGAGUUGAAGGGGUGACAGGGUGGGCUGGAGUUGAGGAUUGGAGGUUGG